AAACCCUAAUUCUCAUCCAGGACUGCAAGGCAAGCAAACCCUAACCCUAAUCCGCAACAAAAAAGAUGUCUGCCAAUCCGCGCGUUUUCUUCGACAUGACGAUCGGCGCCUCCCCAGCCGGUCGCAUCGUCAUGGAGCUUUUCGCCGACACGACUCCACGCACGGCCGAGAACUUCCGAGCACUCUGCACCGGCGAGAAGGGCAUCGGCAAGUCCGGGAAGCCGCUUCAUUAUAAGGGAUCGGCCUUUCACCGCGUGAUCCCUCAGUUCAUGUGCCAGGGCGGAGACUUCACUGCCGGAAAUGGAACCGGUGGAGAAUCGAUCUAUGGUGCGAAGUUCGCCGAUGAGAACUUUACGAAGAAACACACCGGUCCCGGUAUUCUAUCCAUGGCUAACGCGGGAUCGAACACGAACGGGUCCCAGUUCUUCAUCUGCACGGAGAAGACAGCUUGGCUCGAUGGAAAGCAUGUUGUAUUUGGCCAAGUUGUGGAGGGCUUGGAUGUUGUGAAGGCAAUUGAGAAGGUGGGUUCUUCGUCUGGACGGACUUCCAAAGAGGUGAAAGUCGCUGACUGUGGCCAGAUCUCUUAAGAGGCUUAUCGUUGAAGAUCGGCCGUCAGUAACUCUAUCGAUGUGUUCUGGCCUUCUAUCUUCUAUCUUGCGCUGAUGUCUGCUGUGCUAUCUUCUUGUGUUGGUUUCCGUUCUGUAUCGAUCUAUGUUUUCUUGUUAUGACUUGAAUUUCUUAUCAAGUUUCUCCUUUUAUGAUAUCGAGUCGCUGAAAAAUCGAGUUGCUGAUAUUUAGAAUAUGAAUAAAUCGAAGUACUUCCAUCUGAA